ACACGUGUGCGAGGUGCACACUGAUGGAGGGAGCUACGAUGCGGGGCACUUUGUGCGCAUUCAUUCAGUCCUGCGUGAUACUGCUGGUCCGCGCUGACCAGUGGAGGCUGAAGGACUCCGACAACUGCGAACUCAACAAGAAACAAACUGACCUAAACUCCUUCCUGUGGACAAUCAAACGGGACCCGCCCUCAUACUUCUAUGGUACGAUCCACGUUCCCUACACGCGCGUUUGGGACUUUAUUCCUGAGAACUCCAAGCAGGCCUUCCAGGAGAGCAACAUCGUCUACUUUGAGCUGGACCUGACGGACCCGUACACCAUCUCAGCACUGACCAGCUGCCAGCUGCUCCCUCAGGGCGAGAACCUGCAGGACGUCCUGCCCAGAGACAUCUACCGGAGACUCAAGAGACACCUCGAGUAUGUAAAACUCAUGAUGCCCUCGUGGAUGACCCCGGAUCAGAGAGGCAAGGGGCUCUACGCCGAUUACCUCUUCAACGCCAUCGCCGGGAACUGGGAGAGGAAGCGGCCCGUUUGGGUGAUGCUGAUGGUGAAUUCCUUAACCGAGGCAGAUAUUAAGACGCGCGGGGUGCCGGUGCUGGACUUGUACCUGGCGCAGGAGGCGGAGAGGAUGAGGAAGAGGACGGGGGCUGUGGAGAAGGUGGAGGAGCAGUGCCAUCCACUCAACGGGCUCAACUUCUCCCAGGUGAUCUUUGCCCUGAACCAGACGUUGUUGCAGCAGGAGUCUUUAAGGGCAGGAAGCCUGCAGGUCCCGUACACCACCGAGGACCUCAUCAGACACUACAACUGUGGAGAUCUCAACUCCAUCAUCUUCAAUCAUGACACCUCACAGGUCCCUAACUUCAAUAACGUGACACUGCCACCCAGCGAGCAGGUGACCGCCCAGGAAAUAGACAGCUACUUUCGACAGGAGCUCAUCUACAAGAGGAACGAGAGGAUGGGGAAGAGGGUCAAGGCACUGCUGGAGGACAACCCCGACAAGAGCUUCUUCUUCGCAUUCGGCGCAGGUCACUUUCUGGGAAACAACACAGUCAUUGAAGUACUUCGUCGCCAGGGAUACCGUGUGGAGCACACCCCUGCUGGGAAGCCCGUAAACAGGAGAUUAUCAUCCAGACCUGACUCAUCAGAUUCAGAAGACCACCACGAUGAGCCCCCUCUCCUAGAACCUUUCUUCCACGAGCUCCCCUACAAAGAGGACGAUCAGGGGCGUCCCCUGGAGGAUGAUCUGCUACCUCACAUGCAUCUGCCCCCGGACAGCCUGGAGCUGCUGGAGAAAGCGGAGAGAAAAAUGCUGAAGAAAAAGAGGAGGAACAAGCAGAAGAAACAGCGGCACCGGCAUUUUAACGACCUUUGGGUUCGCAUUGAGGAAAGCAGUAUGGUCCAGUCUCCACCUCCGCCGCUGGUUCGCAUCCUCAAUGGUUACAUCACAGUGCAGCCGCCGGACAGAGUCCACAGCCACCGCCACCACAUGUCUUCGGCGUGGACCACCGCCUCCACCGCACCAUCAUUACUCGUCUUCCUCUGCACAUUGCUGACGGUUAUCCCACAGGCAUGCGCGGUGUUUCUGUAGGAGGGCAUCUGCCGGGACUGCAUGGAAGCAGGCAGCCCUCCGCGAGAAAGAACUCUCACGUAAAGAGCUUGAUCUGGUUGUGCGUCACACGGCCUGGAGGACGCUGGAAAAGAAGGUGGUGAAUCUCGAAGGGAUGAAGAACAGCACAGAGAAAGGAUGUGAGAUCAGCUUUGGUUGUAUGGUAUCAAUGCACUGCGUGGAUCUUGGGUUAGAUAAAGUCUGCGUUGAAGGGUGAGUCAAUGGAACCUCUUGAGAUGUUCAUUGGCAGGAAAGUUCAUACGACGUUACGACUCUUGAAGCGUAAAUGUUUUGUGGGGUUUCGGUUGUUUCACACGCAAAACGUACACACGCGGAAAGAAAAGGGGAAGCUCACAAGGGGGAAGUAUUAUUGGACAUCGCACAAAUAUUACAAGGCGUGCUAGUUCCCUUCGCGUUACAAUGAAAUCUAAAUAAUAAACAUUCAAACCUCUUAUAAUAUAAGUUCUCGACUCGUCAAUAAGAGAACCUGAGAACAUCAGCAAAACAUUUGCUGAGUAUCAAUUACCUUCAAUAAGUACAACUGGAACCAUAUGCCCUUUGUCUGUUUGUGUGUGUCUGUGUGUGUGCCUAUGGAAUAGAGAGAGUGUGUGUUUGUGUGUGUGUGUGUGAGACAAGCAAAGUCUAUCAGCUCUUAAACCCGCCUGGGCUUACAAACUAAAGUCUUCCUCCUUGGACCUUAAUUUAUUCUUCCAUUUAGGAAGAAUUUCUGGCAUAAAAACUAAUUGUGGGUGUUAAUUGUAUAUAUUGUUUCUAAAUAUUAUAGAUGUAUUUUAGAAUUAUGAAAUAAAAUGAAAAUCAAAGGUUUUGUUGUUGUUUGUAUAAAUAUAUAAAUAGAUAUGCAGUAUAUUUUUGAAAACCGAAUCAGGAACUAACCACCGUGGCCCCAUAGUGUCUCACUGUCAUGACUGUAUCGUACUUAUCAAUUGCUUUGCUGUUGAGAGGAUUCACGCUAUGUGUGUGUUUUUUUUCACAUCAUCAUUUCUUUAAUUUAUUUAACUACUAUAGUUAUACUGUAUUUUCUUUCUUGCGGUCAUGAUGUCCAAAUGUACUAUUUCAACUAUUUUUUAAUUUUGACUUCAAACGCGUAUGCUAAUAAUAAUUAAAGCUGUCUACACAGAUAGACCUCAUACAGCAUAGUGUUCUAGAUCUUUCAUAUUUCCCUUAUGGCAUGAGAUGAUUGUAAUAGUAUUACUAUGACAAUAAAAUAUUUAUCUACAUCA